AUGGUAUGCACUUUGCGUUUGGAUUUUGUCAGAGGCAGACGUUCCUGGGAUAACUUGCAGUGAUAAAGUAUAAAGUUUGCAUUUGUACAUUUUUGGAGGAAAGUGAUUUGAAAUUUAUAGGCGCAUUGACGUUUUCCAGACAUGAGGCAAAAAGGGCAUGGCAGCUCUUGUGGCGUUAGUCUACGGGCUAAGUGCCUAGUCAUAGGAUAUUUCUGUUUGUUUGCCAGUCUGGUGAAUGUCAUAUCCCACUUUGUGAUUGUGAGCAUUAUGACACGUGGUUUCGUUUGCGAUAUAAAUGAAGAAAGCGUACAACUAAUAAAUUGGACAUGGUUAGAGCCGUUUUUAUUUGUCGUCAACAUGGGAACUCAUGGCUUCUACCCCUACCCACUUCUUCUUCGGCCAUAUGCUGAAGCAUUUGACAAUACGCCGCUCGGAGCAGAACUGAAAUGUGACACAUCAUUGACCCAUGUCUCCGGCGCUAACAUAUUGUACUUCUUUAUAAAUACAUCUUGGUUUAUAUUUGUAUUAAGUUAUAUUGUCGCUAUAUAUAAAAAUGAGGUUAUACCAAUUCGCAUGUUCUAUUUGUGGACCUUAUUGAAGAUCGGGGUGCAGAUAUUGUUUUUGGCGUACCAGCCUGGUAGUAUAAGAUUCAGAAGCGAUACUGUAAGCUUCCUAGAACACAGUGGCUUUGGGAACCUAUUGGAUAUUGUAUUGGGUUGCCUUUGCGUCCUAUUAAUAAGAAAAUACGCCAAUGAACUGGCACUGGAACUAGUGGUUUGGAUCGUGAAGAAACCACCUACUUACGAGGAGUGUCUCAAAAACUCAAAGACAGAAGAUAAGCAAGAAGCAAUUAUAACUAUCGAAAAACCCAAAUAUGCCACGUCUUCCAUUUAAUUGUAUGACGAUUUCAAAUUUUCAGUGGAUCUCUUUCUAUCUAUCGUAUUCUAUGCUAAGUUUUUUUAUUAUUUCGGUUUCGACAAGGCCUUACUUCCUUCUCCAUAUUUUACUGUAAUAAGUUGUGGGGAAAUGCAGCUUAGAUAAUGUUUAGGAUAUAUACUAGGUAAAGACAUUCAAGUGAUAUUAAAUUUUCAUGUUAAAAUGUAAACCAUAGAUGUAAAAAGCGUUUGUGUAACAUUUUAAAUAAAAUGACUUAUAUUAAUACAAUGUUUUAAUUGAAUUGGUAGGUGUGUUUCCUAUUUUCUAAAUAUUUCUAAGUUCUCACGAGUAUGUAAGUGCGUGCUCCUAUUU